AUGGUUUUUGGUGUUAACAUCACUGUCAAAAAUGUUAAUGCUGAUCCAGAACAAGCUGUUCGUGAGAAUGUUACAUCGGAUCCUGUUCUUAGCCCCUUUGCUGAUGUAUUUCAAGGUGUCGGUUCUCUACCCGGAGAGUACAGUAUUCAGCGGGAUAAAGAGGUGCGUCCCGUGGUUCAUCCCCCACGUAGAGUCCCCUGCCUAAGAAGGAAGCAAUGAAGGCAGAGCUUGAUAAGAUGGUAACUAGCCAGAUAAUUGCACCUGUUACUGAGCCAACUGACUGGGUGUCUAAACUAGUGUUCUCUAGUGUCGUAGCUGUGCCCAAAAAAGAUGGCCCAGUCCGCAUUUGCCUGGAUCUGCAAUUAAGCGUUCUCAUUAUCCCUUACCUACUGUGGAUGAUGUUACGUCUCGAAUUACCAAGGCAAAAGUAUUCUGCGUAAUUCAUGCCAAAAGUGGUUUCUGUUAAGUGAAACUGUCAGAGAGUUCCAGUUAUUACAGAUCGUUUAAUACGCCAUUUGGUAGAUUUCGUCGGUUGAGGAUGCCCUUUGGCAUUACUUCUGCGCCCGAAGUGUGGCAGCGCAAAAUGAAUGAUGCAAUUGAUGGUCUUCGAGGAGUAGAAGUCCUAGCUGAUGAUUUUCUAUUGUGUGGGUUUGGAGACAGUGUUUCUGAGGCAAUCUGGGAUCAUGAUCAGAAUUUAACCGCAUUCCUCCGAAGGUGUCGCAAAUUAAACCUGACGCUAAAUCCUCAAAAAGGUCAAGCUCCGCCUGUCUGAAGUACCAUUUAUGGGAUAUUUGUUAACUGCUGGUUGCAUUAUUACAGAUCCAAACAAGGUGCGGGUUACAAAGGACAUGCCCAUUCCAACAGAUCUGAAGUCACUGAAAAGAUUUCUUGGAAUUUUCAACUAUCUUUCAAAGUUCCUUCCAUACCUAUUCAGUGUAUCUGAGCAGCUGCUUCGUCUUGAAGUUAAAGAUGCUGAGUGGUGUUGGCUCCCGGUUCAUGAUAAAGCUGUCCAGAAUAUCAAGAGUUUUUUUUGUAAAGCCCCAGUAUUGAAGUUUUAUGAUAUUACUCAAGACACUACAGUCGAAAGUGAUGCUUCACGUUCCGGACUUGGCGCCACCCUACUUCACGGCGGGGGGGGGGGGGGGGGGGGGAUUUCUGUGUCUCUGUCGUGUUUUAGAAGUUGAGGGUGGGUGGGUGGGUGUUCGCCGUGAUUAGUAUGAACAACGAGAAAAUUAAUUUUUUUUUUGUUUGCACACCUAUCUUUAAUUUAUUAUAUUUCAAAAAGAACCCAACAGAAGAUGGUGUCGCUGCUGUCCGCGGCCGGCCCCCGCCCCCGCCCGGGGGGGGGGGGGGGGGGGGGGGGGGGGGUUAGGCAUUUUGCAUUUGCUUGUAGGGCAUUAACGCCGGCUGAAGGCCGUUACGCUCAAAUUGAGAUGGAAUUACUCUCAGUAGUCUUUGCACGUAAGAUGUUCGAUACUUACCUAGGACAUUGUGCAUGUGAAAACAGAUCAUCAGCCAUUGGAAACUAUGCUUAAGAAAGACCUCAGUUCUGAGCCUAAGCGACUCCAGCGGAUGUUAUUACUGCUUCAGCGCUACAACCUUGAUGUGAAGUACCAGAAGGGAGACAAAAUGGUGAUGUCAGACCCCCUCUCAAGAGCCUGUGUGGAUGAACCUCCCUGACAGCCAGAGUAUUGCCAUGAGCUUGAGAAAAUCGUUCUAGUAGAUGAUCUACCCAUCUCUUAUGCGCGUCUAAACAGUUUCAGAAAAGCCACAGCCUGUGAUUCAAACCUUCAAGUCCUAAUGUUCACGGUCCUAGAAGGUUGGUAUAGUAUUGAAGAUGGAGUUCCUCAAGAAAUCAAGUCUUACUUCUCCUGCAGAGAAGAAAUCAUGGUCCAAAAUGGUUUGCUGUUCAAGGGUGAAUGUAUCAUUGUACCCGCUCAGUUAAGAAAGGAAAUGAUGGAGAAGAUUCACUCGUUCCACCUGGGUAUCGAAGGAUGUCUCCGCCGUGCAAAGUAAGUGUUCUACUGACCCAGGAUCAAUGCUGAAUUGAAAGAUGUCAUUCUCAAGUGUGAUGUCUGUAAUUCUUAUAAGCCAGAGCAGCCUAAAGAACGUCUAAUGCCACAUGAAUUUCCAACGAGGCCCUGGCAAAAGGUUGGAGCAGACCAGAUGCAGUUUGAUGGACACCAGUACUUGAUAACCGUUGACUAUUAUUCCUCGUUCUUUGAAGUAGACAAACUACAGUCCACGGAUUCCAGAACUGCUGUUGAGAAACUGAAAUGCAGUUUAGCCGUCAUGGAAUACCAGAGAUGGUCGUAUCCUACAACGGUCCUCAGUAUGAUUCCUGUGAACUUUCGAAGUUUCCAAAAGAGUGGAUUUUUUAGCAUUUUAUCUCUUCUCCCCGCCACCCACAAAGCAAAGGAAAGGUGGAGAAUGCUGUAAGAUUCUGCGAAAGCAUCAUGAAGAAGGCAACUCGGGGAAAGUUUGAUCCUUAUCUGUCCCUCUUAGACUAUCGUUAUACACCUACGGAUGUUGGCCUCCUCUCCGGCCGAAAGGCUUUUGAGCAGAAGAACGCGCAACCUGCUACUGCUGACACCCAAGCAGCUUGAACCUGUGACAGUGCCUCUGCGAGACGUACAACAAAGGCUAAUUGCCUCCAGACAAAAGCAGGUGUACUAUUACAACCUCAAAGGGAAAGCACUGCCUGAAGUACAGCCCGUUCAGGUUGUUAGAAUGAAGAAACCAAAUGAAAGCACCUGGACCAAAGCUGUUUGCGAGAAGAUGAUUGGACCACGAUCCUAUGAUCUUGUUUCCGGUCACCGAACCUAUCGUGGAAAUGGUAGACAGCUACGUUUGGUUCCACCCACAGAUCAAGCAGUGAGCAGUCAUGUGAGCAGUAAGCAGUCACAUGCUACUGGUGGUAGUCAGGUCCUCAACCAGUGUGCGUCACCCAUUAAGAAUCUUGAAGGACCCCAACCUGUUCCAGCAGAUCCCAAUACAAUAGCUCUUCCUUUUGAUUUAACAUCCAAUUCUACCAUCACAAGGAGUGGCCGCACUGUAACGCCUCCAGUCCGUUUAAGA